GCCUUGGCAGCGCCUCUGUGCAAAUGCAGUAGCUGCUGCUGCUGUGUUUAAUUCUCUUCGCACCCACCCACUCUUUCCAUUUUUGCAGACUCUGUGGUUUUACAUGGUGACCUGGCACAAGCUGUCUGUAGGAUUGUGGGAGAACAAUCGGGAAAACAUACAAACAAGAGAGAAAGAAAGAUAAAAACCUCCAAGCUGUGAGUCAGUGGAAUCGUCGUAUCGGUGUAGGCAGAGGCGGUCCCUUGCAUUUUAAUGCGCACAGAGCCUGCUUCGCUGUCACCGACGCUCUCGUCUCAGUGAUCUCAGAUGUGAAACGUCUCUUUCACUCUCUGCGCUUUCUCCCUCCCUCCCUCUCUUCUAACUCUCUCGGAGUACCUCCAGUGGUAGGGAAAAGAAGCAGCGGGGCGGUGGCGAUCCGUGUUGAAUUGCACGCAGUGCCCCCCACCUCAAUGAUUCACAUCAGGAGACACUGACAGACGGAUCUCCUGGUAAAGAUAGUGCGCGGUAACCAUGAUGACGGAGACGGGCGUGGAGGUGGAGGUGAAAAAAACGGCAGAGGAGCCUCCUCAGCAGCAGGGGGCAGCGGUGAACACGCAGGACGGCAGUAGACCCAAGCAGGGUAAUGACGGAAAGCUACCUGAAGACCAGGAUUUGAGGGGUGGGGAGGAUGUCUCAGAGAAGACCACCCCCGGCAAGAUCCCCAAAUCCCCCCAGAAAUCCUCCAAGAGACUAAAGACCAUCUCCUUUAAAGUGACCCUACUGGACACCUCUGAGUACGAGGGUGAGAUCGAGAAGCACAGCCGAGGACAAGCUCUCCUUGACAUGGUGUGUGAGCACCUCAACCUUUUGGAGAAGGAUUACUUCGGAUUGACGUUCUGCGACACGGACAGUCAGAAGAACUGGCUGGACCCUUCAAAGGAGAUCAAGAAACAGAUGCGCACUGCCUCGUGGCAUUUUGCCUUUGCGGUCAAGUUCUAUCCACCAGACCCAUCCCAGCUAACCGAGGACAUCACCAGGUAUUAUUUGUGCCUGCAGCUCCGGGAUGAUAUCCUGUCGGGCCGGCUGCCCUGCUCCUUCGUCACGCACGCUCUUCUGGGCUCGUACGCCGUGCAGGCUGAGCUCGGAGACUUUGACCCAGAGGAGCACAGUGCCGACUACGUCAGUGACUUCCGCUUUGCCCCGAACCAGACCCGUGAGCUGGAGGAGAGGGUGAUCGAGCUGCACCGCACCUACAGGGGGAUGACGCCCGCAGAGGCUGAAAUCAGCUUUCUUGAAAAUGCGAAGAAGCUCUCGAUGUACGGAGUGGACCUGCACCAUGCCAAGGACUCUGAAGGGAUUGACAUCAUGCUGGGGGUCUGUGCCAAUGGGCUGCUCAUCUAUCGGGACCGACUGAGGAUCAAUCGCUUCGCCUGGCCCAAGAUCCUCAAGAUCUCCUACAAGAGGAGCAACUUCUACAUCAAGAUCCGGCCCGGAGAGUAUGAGCAGUUUGAGAGCACCAUCGGCUUCAAGCUACCAAACCAUCGGGCUGCCAAGCGUCUCUGGAAGGUCUGCAUCGAGCACCACACCUUCUUUAGGCUGGUGUCCCCCGAGCCACCUCCCAAAGGAUUCCUGGUAACGGGCUCCAAGUUCCGAUACAGCGGGCGGACACAGGCUCAAACGCGGCAGGCCAGCGCACUCAUCGACAGGCCGGCCCCUACAUUCGAGAGGUCAGCCAGCAAGAGGUACCUGCUGUCCCGCAGCCUGGAUGGAGAGUUCUCCCGCCCAGCCUCCGUCCUCGGAGAGAACCGCGAGGGAGUGGCGCAGCGCAGCGCCAGUGAGAGGCAGCGGAGACGAUCGGGAGACGAGCAGGAAGAGGAGGGUUCCUACAGAGCCACCUCGCCCACCAAGAUCAGGGAGUUCAAGAAGGAGGAUAUGGAGGACGAGUCGCCAGCUGACAAUAAGCAGGAGUUGGAUCAGGAAUCCACCCCCCAACACAAACAGGAGUUCCAGGACAAGUCAGAGGAUGUGUUGCUGAAGCACCAGGCCAGCAUCAACGAGCUGAAGAGAGCCUUGAAGGAACCCAACAGCAAGCUGGUCCACCGGGAAAAACGGCUUUCCGCCACCUCCCAGAAAUAUGGGGGCUCGACCGGGACCACGCCAGAGAAGAAGCCUGCGUCGGGAGAAGAGGGGAGGGAGGAGCCUGUAGCCACUGCUCUAGAAGGCUUCACCCAGAAGACUGUGCUAUCUUCACCUGAGGGCUCUGAGGAGUGGGUAUUUAUUGAAAAGCAUAUCUCCAGCCAAGAGGAGCUGGCUGUUGCAUUGAAAGAUAAGAAGGAAAAGUCUUCUGCUCAGGAUCAGGAGCAAGCUGUAGACUCCCUAGACAGAACAGAGGAGGAAAACCCUACUGUGGUAAGCUCACAGGAGAAGACUGUUCAAGAAAUGGGAGGUGUUCAAGAGGGGAAGGAUAUAAUGGAGGACCAGGAUGCUGCAGGAGAGACAGUGGCUCAGGAAACUUUGGAUGAGAAAGCACUGACCGAUGAAGAAGCCCAUUCAACACAAGAAUGUGGAGCAGAAUCAUCCAAACCACAGAAUCUUGAAAAAAAUUUAGAUGACACUGUAGCUGUCUCUCAAGAGGGAACUCAAGCCCAAGAAUCUUUGGGUGAAUCUGCAAAUGAGAAAUUGCAAGACAAUAAGACACAGCUAACUCAGGACUCUGGAGGUGUUUCUGUAAUAGAGGCUGAAUCCUGGGUCUUAGAAACCCAAGAUGAACGACAGACUGACUCUGUUAGAGUCCAGAAGGAACCGAGACCACAAAGCCUCAACCUUGGGAAGCCUGCAGACCUGUUUUAUGAGACAGAGCAUCCAGACACUGGAGAGGAAAAUAAGGAUUUGGAGAGUGAUGAAGAAACACCACCAGAUAAAAUAAACAGUGAAGGAAAUGAAUCUGAAGAAUAUAGUUCAGACUUUCAGGAGACAAUGACUGUUUCAUCAGAACCAUACUUGCAAAUGGAAGAAGUAGAGAGACCAAAGUCACCUUCUUCCCCAGAAAAGCAGACUUCCUUCCUCCAAGAUGCAACAGAGGUGCAAUCAAAACCAAAAUCAGAACCUCCAGAUUCUAGGCCAUCCUUAAAGCAAGAAGAGACAAGCCCUAGUAAAGUUAAAGGGAAUGAACUAGCUUCCUUUCUGAAUGAGGAGGAAGCAAAAGUAGGAGUUGACAGUGGAAAAUCUGAAAGUAAUGGAGAUGAGAAAAAGACAAUUGCCAUGACAGAGGAAAAAUACAUGUCUUUAAUUAAAACAUGCUCAGUUCUGAGUGUGACAGAACACUCCAAAGACACAGAGAAAACAUUUUUUCCAGAUGGGGAAGAAAUCCAAAAAGUAGAGGACGAAGAGAAGAUUAGUCACCAAGCAGACAAUAGAACAGACUCAACCUGGUCUACAGGAGCUGCUGAGGGAGAGGAGCAAAUGGAUCUUGAGCCAAAGCAACUAGAAACAAUUGAACUGACUGUGCCUACAGUAGCUGAGGAAGAAACAUCAGACAAAGACUUUCCUGUAAACGAUAAAUCUGAGAAGCCAGAGCCUCUGAACAAAGAAAAAACAGAAGACUCCUUCACAGAGGAACAGUCUUCUGAAGCUGAAAUGAAAGCACUCAAAAGUCAUGAGAGUUCUAGAGACCAGGUAGAAGAGGGCACAGUCAUCAUAUUUCCAGAGACAGACAUAAGGUGUGAAGCUGAUGGUGAGGAGGCAAAGGAAGACUGGUCUUCCAAACUCACAGAACCAGGAGCAAAAGAAUCCAAAAAAGUAGGAGAUGGUGAAUAUAAGAAAGGACACUUGGAAUUAAAACCAGAUGAGGGCGACAGUCAGAUUACUGCCCUGGGAAAUAAGAGCCAGGGAGCAGGUUCAGAAAGCAAUCAGGACCAUUCUGGAAAGAACGAUUCAAGUUUGUGUGAAAGCAAAUCAAACGAGUUGAUACCAGAUAGCAGGAAGCUAGACGAGGAGACAUCUGGUUUUCACGUACCUGCCCCAAAUCUAGUUGCUGUUGCCAUCCUAACCACUCAGGAAAGCAAACAGAAGGCUAGCGACCAACAUAGUCAUGACAAACCUGAGGAACAUGCUGGCAAGUCAACCCAUGGGACUGAAGAAAUGGAGAAAGGGGAGACUGGAGAGACCGUGGAUGUGGGGAAGGAUUGUGCAGAAUCUGAACAAAAAAAUGAAUUGGGUGAACAGGCUGACAAAAAAGCACAGGACACCCAGUGCUCAGACACCAAGACCAAGACAGCCCGUACAGAUGUGCCAGAGGUUCCGGCAAAACCAGUAAAGCGCCAGGGGCCUGCCGUGCCCCCCAGACCCAGCCGAACUGCCCCUAAGUACCCUGGCCCGGAAGUGGCAAAGAGGAAACACGUGGAGCCCCUCGCCACACCCGCCAUUCAUGAAGAAGCGCUUGACGAAUCACAGAGAGAGCCGUGGGAGCGACGGCUGGGCUCGGCCUCAGAGGAUGACCAGGAGAGGGAGAUGUUGUACCUGAAGGAGACACACCUGGGCAUUGAGCGCAAAUGCUCCAGCAUCACUGUCAGCUCCACCUCCAGCCUGGAGGCCGAGGUGGACUUCACCGUCAUCAUGGACCUUCACACCGGCGUGGAGGAGUUCUCCAAGGGCAUGUCGGAGCUGGGGGGGCGGGACAGGCUGCCUGAGGUGGGCCGGGACGACUUUGAGGAGACCUCUUGCUUCUUCUCGGCCAGGCUCAUAUCCGCUCAGGAGAAACCUCCAGAGGAGAUGCAAGGCAAAGGCUUAGAAGAUUUGUCACUCCACGAGCCACCAGACACUAAGAACAAAACUACGGUUGUGAGCACUGCGCCGUCCCUCAAAAAGACAGAUGCCAAAGCUGAAGAGCCUUCUACUGAAGCCUCCGUUGUAUCCCAAACCAAGACUACAAUAACAGAGGCAACUGAGCAGGUGAUGGGGAAUAGCUGCACUGGCAAGGAAACCGCGACAGUCUCCCGGACAGUCACAACACUGGCAGCGGCGGUGUCACCGAAUCACAGCAUCGUCACUGGAGAAGAGGCUCCUCCCAGCCCCCAGUCUGCGCCCCCCGAGACCAGCUCGCCUGUGAAAACUGGUACCCUUGGGAGGGCGGUGGGAACUGUCACCACGGAAACUGUUUCCUCAGCAACCACUACACACAUUACAAAGACAGUGAAAGGCGGGUUCUCCGAGACCAGGAUUGAGAAGAGGAUUAUCAUCACUGGAGAUGACGAUGUGGAUCAAGACCAGGCACUCGCCAUGGCAAUUCAGGAGGCCAAGCAGCAACACCCAGACAUGCUGGUUACCAAGGCAGUGGUUGUCAGGGAAACAGAAUCCUCUUCGUUGGAGAAACACAGGAAAUCACAGUCCUGAUCUCUGACAGCUUGCUCUGGAGACCAGGGCUCCUGUUGGGAAGGGGACCGAAGCGGAUUCUCGCCUGCUAUUGCCCACCUCUGCCCCUGAGUCCCCGGCUUCUUCGAAACAUCACCACAAUAUGCCGGCAAACCAAGAAAGACAGAAACCGAACAAAACCACAAGAGGACAACUUUAACCAAAUUAACAAAAAACAUUGAACGCCACUGCUGCUAUUUCGCCUGACAACACUCUUCCUUAACCUUCCACAAGCCCCCAGCCCCCUCUAACACUGCCCCACAUCCGCCUGUGAUUGCACACAGAUCUUCCUGACUGGCCAGCGCAUGUAAAAACCUGCAGAGCAUCCAACAGGGACGUGCCAUUGCACCUGCUAUAGAUAGCCUUGUGGAAACUCAGCUGAGUUUGUCAAUACUUUGUCAGUUAGCCAUAGCUAUCGCGGGCUUAACGUUAGCUUAACCUGUGUUUUGGGACACGAGAUGAGAGAUCCAGAGCAGAGACCAGUUCAACAGGGCUACAGGAUUAAGAUUUGUGCAAAAAGUGCCCGCUACAGGUGGGGUGAAACCCACAUACCCUUUAAGGUAGAACCUGAAAGAUCAGUCAGCCCACUAGGUGAGAAUGAUUAUUGAAACACUUUUAUACAGGCAAGCCGUUACUGCCUUCCACGUCUAGGGUGGAAGUAUAAACCCUGACCUGACACUUGUAGCCCUGUCUAAGUUCUUGCACACCUGCUUGUGGAGCUUCACCAGUAGGAGGCAGUGUACACUAGGCGUGGAUCUCUACUUUUAUUUGUUUUUCAGUACAUAGUUUACACCGCUACCUCUGUUUCCGUCCCCCAGUUCCAUCAGACACAGGUUCUAAACCGGAGUAGUUCUAGCAUUGUGAUGCGGGAAAAUAUUGAAAGCUCUCCCAAGAACUGCAGCUUGAAGAAGAGGGUGGCAUGAAAGGACUACAGUGGCACAGCUAAAAAACAAAGGGCAAAAACAAGGCAUUGUAGGACUGAAUCCUCCUUUUGCAAGAUUAACUCCUGGUCUUGCAAAUCAAACUGUUCAGCAUGAUUUAAACACAGAAAUCAACUCCAGGACCUCUUCCCUGUACAGUGAGCAGGCUGCAAUUAAAAGAAAUACUGCGGGCUUGGGGUCUCGUCUCCUGGUUUCCUAACCCUGCCUCUUAUCAUUUUCUAUGACGAUUAGUCACAUAGUAUCAUUAAAGCAAAAUGGGUUUAAUAGGUGAGUUUUCUGAAAUGCUACACUGUUGAAAUGUGAGAUUUUUUUUUUCUUUAUUUGUUUUUAAAUUAUGUAUGAAUUUACUAUGUAUUUAUAUGAGAAUGGUAAAUGUGAGUUAGCUGGGGCUUUCUUUCCCUAAAAGCGAGUGCAGGAUUUGGCAUCAGGAUAAAAGUAAAGCAUACAGCAGCAGGGAGCAGGUGGGGUUUGUGUGGCAUUGAAAAGGUGAUGGCCACAUGAAACUGGGACUGCAGCACUGAAUUCAUGGACUAUAGGGGAGGUUUGCACUGAGCAGAAUUGUGCUUUUCAUUGUCAUGACUGGGGAGGCAGUUACUUGCUUGGGCUUGUAGAACAUAUAGCAAUAGGCUUUACAAGAUCCAUAGGAACUACGACUUGAGAUCAGUGUAAGAGCGUCUAUGGAAGGCCUAGCAAUAACUGUGAUAAGGGAUUUAAUAUAGCAUCUGCAGUAUAUCGCCUAAAGGUUGCCCAUAGUGUUACUCUGGUGUUUACUGUGACACUAGAUUUGUUACACUGUCUAGCUUUUUUUCCCGCCUCUUUCUUGCACCUGACUAGGGAAGGGAAAGACCAGCUCUGGACCACUAGCGUUACGAAAGAGAUUUCUGGUUUGUCUUAACUGCUGUUAAACUGGUUUAGUUUUGUUUUUGAUAUGUUUAUUUUAUUAUUUUUUUUGUUUUAUUUUACAUUUUGUCCUCUUACCGCUGGGGUUUGUGGCUCAUGUGUGUUACGUGAACGGUUUUAUAGUUAAUGUCAGCAAUGGUAAAUGCAAUAGGGGUCUCCAGCCAGAUCAAUCCAGCCCUCUCCUAACUCACAGCCCCCAGAUCAGGGUUCAUCCAUGUUCCUCAAAAAACAACAGCAAUUACUUUAAAACAGGAUAAACCUAAGGACACAACCAAUUACUAGGGUCCUUAAUGCUAAAAGUGUUCUCUAACGGUAAGCCCAACUGUGCCCCCUGCUGGUGAUAACUGUCCUUGUUUCAUAUUCAGCCUUUCAUUCAAGGUUGUCCUUUUUUAUUAUUAGCAACCAGGAGUGAUGUCUUUAAGGGAAGUUCAUAUCUAUGAAUCAAUAUCUGCCAAAAAAUGCAGUCCCGAAAUUAUAUGAUCCCUUAAAAAAAAAAAAAACCUUAAUUGGUAAGAUCUACUUGUAACUUUAAGCCAUGGUACCCCCCAAGAGAGUUGACCCUUACUGCAACAUACCAUGAUAAAAGAGAAGGAACAUUGAGAGGGCUACAUGGUAAAGCACAGAAAGCAAAAGGAAAACUGCAAAAUCACCAAGCAAGUCCACCCAUGUUAGCUUCUCCAAUGAGAAGCCUGUGUUUACCAUUGCUGACAGUGCUGGAAGCAAGAGCUUUGUGCACUGCGCCCUGGAAGCAGUCGAACCGCAGUCUGACCCUCCUUGCUUUGUGCACGGCUAGUAGGAGCACUUACUCAACCCCCCCACUCCUGCCCUUUUGCUCUAUAUUGCUCCCUAGUGCUUGGUGGUGUGUGUUUGCUGUAUUUGCAUUUGGUCAAAGUAAAAUAAAUGUCUCAGUGCAAUUCA